AUGGUGAUUACACGAGAAAUCGCCGACGAAAUAAAAAACGCGGUGAAUUUAGCACUGAAUAAAUGUCUAACAGACCAAACAUUCAUAAAAACCCUGGCAGAUAGCGUAUCCAAGGCCGUCACCGAUACUGUUAAAAAUAAACUCCAACAAUUGGAACAAAAAGUGACUGAACUCAAGAACGAAAUGAAUCAAACUAAACAUGAUAAUAACACACAAAUAAAAACACUAGGAGGUUCACUGAAGAAAAUUACAGGUGAAAACGAAAUGCUUCGUAAUAAACUUGACAAUAUGGAACAGGAAAUGAAAAAAAAUAACUUACGAAUUUUUAACUUACAAGAAAACUCACAAGAAAAUACUAGCCAAGACAUUAUCACCUUUUUCCGUUCCAAGUUGGCUAUCAGUCUAGAAGAUAAGGAUAUAGAUAUCUGCUACCGUAUUGGAAAGAAUGAUAAUACAAGAAAACCGAGAGGAAUCUUCUUGAAGCUCAAGAAUUUCGACAAGAGACAGGAAAUAUACCAUAAAAAGAAAUUGUUGAAAGGUACAGGAGUCAUCAUAAGAGAAGAUCUCACAAAACUCCGUGUCGAAAUGUUAUCAAAAGCCAUCGAGAAAACGUCUUUGAAAAAUGUAUGGACAGAAGGUGGAAAGAUAUUUGUGAAUAUUGACAAUAAGGUUAUCAUAAUUAACAAUAAUGAUGACUUUCGUAAAGUAUUUCCACUGUAG